CGAGACAAGCAGCUCCUUCGUUGCUCGGCUCCAUCCCACGGCCGCGCAUGAUGGACGUCCUUCGCGCCGAGUCGCCGGGCAACGGCGUAUCCAUCGACAUACCGACCGAGCGGACGCCGCUUGUCUCGCGCAGCAGCUCACCCCGGACGCCGGCAGCUACCAUGCGUGCAGCCCCCACACGCUCGAAACGGCUUGCUACGAUGGCCACCAGCACCCGUCGCCGGUCAAGGAGCCCGAGGGCUCGCCGCAGCAAGCCGCGCGUGACUCGAUUCACUUUGUCGAAGACGUCGACGAUGAGAUGUGCAUGCUCGUGGACGACUCGCACGACGCGGCGCAGACGCACCUGCUCUUCCUCGACGCGUGUCUGGCCGGCGACAUGUUCCAGGUCCCGCGCUUCGUACUUAGCAUGGCCGACUCGCAUGCGCUGCGCGCGCUCUUGACGGCGCAGCACCCCAAGUACCACAUGCACGGUCUCGCGAUGGCCGCGUUCUACGACCAGACGCUAAUCGUCCAGCACCUUCUCGACGUCAUGGAGCGCCAUGGCAUGCUCGACCUCGUCGACAGCCCCGCGGGCCCCGAGCGUCACAACGCAACGGCGCUCAUGCUCUCGCAGUCGGUCGCGUGUGCGACGCUGCUCCUCGACGCGCAGGCGUCGCUCGCCAAGCGCAACUCGACCGGUAUGACACCACUGCACUACGCCUCCAGCGCGGGCCAGGCCGGCAACAUUAGCCUGUACCUCUGCCGCGGCGCGAACGUGAACGAGCUCGACCAUCGGGGUGCUACGCCAUUGCACUGGGCCGUGUACGAAGGGUUCCAGUACGCUGCGCUGCUGCUCGUCGGGCAAGGCGCUGACAUGACCAUCCAAGACUCACAGGGCCAGACGUCGCUCAUGAUUGCAGCUGCGCUCAACGACGCGUUUCUCGUCAAGCAGCUCGUCAUCGAAGGCGCGCCGCUCGAGCCGCACGACCGAAAAGGCCGGUCAGCGCUCACCAUCGCCAAGCAAGCGAGCAACCGCGAGGCCAUGCACGCGCUUAGCACGGGCAAGAACGACCGAUGGAUCGCCUACAUCUCCACGAACGGCGGCACGGUGGUGUUCUUCUGGACCUUUCUGCUCUCGACGGCCUUUCUGGGCAUCUGCUUUGGUCUUCCGAGCAUGAGCAACCCAACGCUGGCGCUAAACGCCACGCUGCUGCUCUUGCUCGCGACGUUCAUUCCCAAGUCGGACGCGCCGGCGUACUCGCUCCUCGCAUUCGACUCGGAUGCAUCGCCAUGCCCGACGUGUGUGACGCUCAAACCGAUACGCUCCAAACACUGCUCGACGUGCCAGCGCUGUGUGGCCCGCUUCGAUCACCACUGCCCGUGGAUCAACAAUUGCGUCGGCCAGCACAACCACCGCAGCUUUCUCGCGUUCCUCUUCUGCCUCAGUGCGCUCUGCUGGCUGCUCGCGGCCGCAUCGGGGCUCAUCUUGAUUGGCUACCGUCCUCUCGUGCCCGACGCGCCGGUCCUUGCAGCAUGGCAUGCAUACGAGCCAUCGUGGGUCUCGACGUUCCGGGAAAACCACGCUGGCUACACGCUCCAGCUGGUGCACAUUUACAUUUUUGUACUCGCCUUGACGUUUGGCGCCCCGACGUCGAUUCUCCUUGGGCUCCAGCUGCGCAACAUUGCACAGAGCUUGACGACCAACGAGGUGUUCAAUAAGGACAAGUACGCGUACCUCAAGGACGCAUCCGACGCCUUUUACAAUCCCUUUGACGAUGGCGUGGUCCGCAACUGCGUUCGUUUCUGGCUCGGCAACGACGAACCUACCGUCGACGGCCGCAAAGGCUCGUUCGUCUAG